AUGGGUAAACUGAAACCAAAUAAAGAUCUUAACUGGUGGAACGAGGAUGUAAAGUCAUUCUUACUGAAGAAAAAGUUGUGUUUUAAGAUCUGGCAAGCUUCAAAAGACGAGUGUGACCACCAAAGAUACAUUGAAGCUAAGAAAUUUGCCAAAAGGAUGGUGGCAUACUCACGAGCUGCAGCCAAAGAGAACGAGUACACCAAAUUGGAAAAAGCAGGCUCAGAUAAAGAAAUAUUUAAAAUUGCAAAAUUUAGGAACAAACAAACUAAGAAUAUCAAACAUAACAAAUACAUAAGAGACUCCAUAGGAUCACUGCUGACUUCCGAUAAAGAUAUAAACGACCGAUGGCACGAAUACUACAACAACUUAUUAAACGAAGAGUUCCCACAAGAACCUAUGCCAAGCUUGCCUUCAGUACAUGGCGCAAUAGAAUCGAUAACACAAGAAGAAGUCAAAGCUGCGCUUACUAAAAUGAAAUAUGGCAAGAUAUCUCCAUUGACAAAGAUAUCGAAAACCGCAAAGCGACUGCUUGGUUAA